GCAAUUCUUUGUUUUGUUCAUCACCAAAAAUGGAUGCUUGUCUUACGGUCGAGAGAGAAGUGGACAAAGUCCUCGGAAAAUUUCAAGUUGUACAAAAUUAUUCUGAAAGAGAAACAGAUUAUAUGCUACAGAAUUUACAAGAGAUACGCGAAAAGUUACUGAGAUGUUCAUCAAAUUCAGAAGAUGAAAUUGGAGCACGACAUAAAUCAAUGUUGAGGGAUUUAAUGAAGAAAGUUAAAGAUAGUACCAUGAAAAUUAGCAGUGACCACAAGGAGCUUCAUAGCAGUGUCUCUAAAGUUGGAAAAGCAAUUGAUAAGAAUUUUUACAGUGAUCUUUCUAGUAUGUCAGAAGAUUCCACAAUUGAUGUACCUGAAAAAAUGAAGCUAAUUAACGAGGUUAUUUGUGAACAUUUCUUAAGACACGGAAUGUUAGACAUUGCUGAUGCUCUUAUUAAGGAUGCACAUUUAGAUAUAGAAAACGAAAAGAAAGAACCAUUUAUAGAAAUUAAUAGAAUAUUAUCUGCAUUGAAAGAGAGGAAUUUACAGCCAGCACUACAGUGGACAUUCAUGCAUCGUGAACGACUAGAGGCGCAAAGGUCAUCCUUAGAGUUUAAACUUCAUAGAUUACAGUUUAUUGAAUUGUUAAAGCAAGGUCCUGAAAAUCAACGCGAGGCUCUGUUAUAUUCUAGAAAUUUUGCUCCAUUUGCAGAGCGCCAUGAACAAGAGCUACAGAUUCUGAUGGGGAGCUUGCUGUUUGUCCGCCAGGGGUUGGAGAACUCACCGUAUGUCCAUCUUCUUGACCAGGUUUCCUGGUUGGAAAUUGGCGACAUCUUCACAAGAGAUGCCUGUAGUCUUCUGGGACUAUCUAUAGACAGUCCCCUUAGUGUCAGUUUGAAUGCAGGCUGCGCUGCCAUCCCAGCCUUACACAACAUCAAGCAUGUUAUGCAACAGAGACAGUGCACUGGUGUAUGGUGUUCUAAUGAUGAACUACCGAUUGAGAUUGAUUUGGGUAAUGAAUACCGGUAUCAUUCAUUGUUCGCAUGUCCCAUCCUACGACAACAGAGCACCGAGAGCAAUCCUGCCAUGCGUUUAGCUUGUGGACACGCCAUUUCCAGAGACUCCCUCAAUAAGUUAUCAAAUGGAAACAAAAUCAAGUGUCCGUACUGUCCUAUAGAAUCCAAUCCAUCUCACGCAAAGCAAUUGUAUUUCUGAAAGCAGUAUCGAAGAAUGGACCUAUCCGGUGUGUCGGUCAAACUUAACUGACCAAUUGGAACAGGGCUAGAAUAUGUGCUAUUCCCACAAACACACAUGUUGUCCCGCAAAUCCAUAUGUUUGCGUAUGUUGAAGCUGUUGUUGUGUGCAACCUAGCAACUCUAGCAACAAUUCCACCAAUACAAUCUUGAGUGAUUUUACAGGCAUCACAUCAUUUUAUUUUACAUCUUAUUUCAUAAGUUUACUUUUGGUACAAGAACAACACAGGUUAGAACAAAAGUUACCCAUUAAGGGAACUAGGCCAAAAAAAAUUAUUGUAUUGACCAAGCCCAUCUAAUCCAAAUUCUAGAAAGUCAAGAAUCAGUAUUGUUUAACCCAAAAUACUUUUGUGAUGUUUGAAGCUGCUAUUAUAUAUUUGGUACUUUAAUCAUAGGUUUUAGCCAUUUUACCAACCAAAAUUUUGGGUCGUUUGAUAAUUGCUGAGAUACCAAACUUGCAAUGUUGACGGCUGUGAGAUGGUUCCUGUUUCAGCCCUGGGUGUUAGUAUUUCAUUAUUUUAUAAAAUAAUAGUAUUAAAUAAUGUAAUAUAAAUUUUAACCACUUUACAAACAUCUACUACUCCUGUUACCUAGAUACACAAAGAAUGUGAUCCUUAUAGUUAGGGCUAGGGUAAAAGAUUUAUAUUUAUAUAAUUUAUUUUCAGUGUGUGGUUGCAUAACACAUUUCUUCCUUUUUUUUUUGGCCCUGUCUGUAUUGUCAUGGUUUUAAAGAAACUCAACUGUGUUAUAAAGAAAACGUUAGACCAAUAUAUACAAACAUCGAUUGUAUUACUGCUAAAUUGUAAAUAAUGUAAAAAAGAUAUAUUUGUAGGAAAAAUUUUUUUUUGGCUCAAACUAAUACCUGAUUCACAUGAGGCUAAGUUUGACACAGGAUGCAUGCUUCGGAAAAUUUAGCACACAUCCCCUGCAACCAACGUGCAGUGACGUAUCUAGGGAAGGGCGCAGUGGGUACAUGCUCCUCAAAAAUUACCUGCUCCCCCUCCCCAGUCGCCCCCUCCCCAGUUUCCCAAAAAUAACGAUAAAAUAUUUAAAAUCACCAUAUUUUGCGAUUUAGCACCCCUCAACUGAUCAUCAAGGCCCCACUUCACCUUUGUUCCCCCAUCAGCGCGCGCCCCCUUCAUUUAAAGACUUCUAGAUACGCCACUGCCCAUGUGGAUGUGAGUUUUGCAAGAUUAUCUCACAUCCUGUGUAAUAUCCAUGUAAGAGAAACAGACAUCAUAGAAGAUUUUUAGCGUGAAGUUGUUUACUAGGCUUAUGUCGUUGAUACAUGCCUUGAUAUUAGUUCAGUGUUUGGUACAUAUGUUUGACAGAUAUGUUCAGGGUCUAAAAGCACAGGUUUUUGCAAUUACCUGUAAACACAAGUUGCAUAGCAUAAGGACAAUAUAGACCUAGCACUUCCCAACUGCAUUUGUUUGUCAUCAAUCGACAAGUUUGCAGAACGCUGUUUUAAAUGAGUGAUUUACUGUACUGUUUUAAACAUGUUUGAAAAUUUUCUUCAGAAUUGAUACCACAGAGUAUUUCUGUAUGGUUUAUGGUUUAGGGACAGCUGUUACCGAUCACCAGAAUCACCAGCUCAUGUAUACUGUACAUAGGAAUACAUACUGUACAACAAAACAACAUACAAAAUGUUAGUUUCAGUUGUUUUAAUACCAUAAAAUAUGUCAAUGAUUUUUCUCCAAAUUCUUAACAAUUUUUGCAAAUGAAUACACCACUGCCCAUGUGGAUGUGCGUUUUGCAAGAUUAUCUCACAUCCUGUGUAAUAUCCAUGUAAGAGAAACAGACAUCACAGAAGAUUUUUAGCGUGAAGUUGUUUACUAGGCUUAUGUCGUUGAUACAUGCCUUGAUAUUAGUUCAGUGUUUGGUACAUAUGUUUGACAGAUAUGUUCAGAGGAGUAGGGAUGGGUGGGGGUGGUCAGGGUGCAGGACAUAGGUACAUGGCAGGGCAGGUUUGGGUGUUCCCUUACCUAUUGUGGGGUCCAGCUCUGAAGUUACAAAAAUUAUUAUCUCUACGUAAUUUCACACUUAGAUUGUUGUGCUGCUGCUGGAGGGAAGGGAUAAAUCCCCUUUCUCACCACCUGAUUCUGCCACUAAAAUAACCUAGCUAUUGUAAACAAAGAAAUAAUUCUUAUGAAGGAUGCACCACAGCUCUGGUACUGUAUCUUCCUGCUUUAACUAUAUUGUCACAGCAUAUACAUUCUUGAUAUUUAUUUUAUAUUUUCAAAAUAAAUUAUAACAGUAUCUGGCCCAUAACCUGUGUGGUGGGGGUUUUGGCAUUAAGCCAACCCUUCUUUUUUGACCAGUUUACUACUAUACUGUAGUAGUGCUGUAUUUUGUCCGAGUUGAACUUGGUCUGUAGCAUACCCCCACUUUAAUGAACCUGGUUACGGGCCUGAGUAUGUCCAACUUGAUGGUACUUUACCAUGAUGGUGAUCUGAAUGUAAAUCCUAUAGUCAGGAGAGAAUUGUCGAAAAGGUUAAUAUAAUUUCAUUUUUUGUUAAACUAAUAUUAAAAAAUAGAUACAUUAUAUUGAAA